GUGCUGAAUAUCAUUUCAUUUUAGUCAUAGAAAUUGAAUUUUUAUCUCUACAGAUAAUAAAAUGGAUUCAACUAAUCAAGUUAUAUCAAUAAUUCGAAACCAUCCAACUGUGGAUCAUGGCAUCAACUACAUCACAACCAUCUUAAACAGAAUGUCUAAUAUGGCUUUGACUAUGUUUCAACAACGGAAUAAUCAGAUUAAAAUGAAAAGCAGUGGAUAUUCAGAUGAUUUGAUUAACUGGAUGGGAAAUCUACCAAAUUCGAUAAGAGAAAGCAUUCCAAUCAUAAAUUUAGCUAUUCCUGGAACUCAUGAUUCUGGAACUUACUCAAUUAAUGCUGAUUCAAAACUUGCACCUGAUGCAGCUGACUUUAUUCGCCAAAUAUAUGCAUUUAGUCCUUGGGUUCUUCAUAGAUGGGUGAAGACUCAGAAAUAUACAUUUAAGGAACAACUUCAGAAUGGAAUAAGAUAUUUUGACUUGCGAAUCUCUACUCGCAUUGAUGAUGACAAGUUUUAUUUUGUUCAUGGAGUCUAUUGCGAUGAAGUAACUCGUCCAUUCGAGGAAAUACGAGAUUUUCUUAAAGAUCAUCCAAAAGAAUUUGUGAUUUUUGACUGUCAGCAUUUCUAUGAUUUUGAAGCUUAUCAUCAUCAGAAAUUUUCAGAACUUCUCAUUCAACUUUUUGGAACUAGAAUCUACGAAAGAAUUCUUUAUGAAGAAGAAUUUCCUGAUCUGACACUUAACAAGGCAUUGAACCUUCACAAGCAAUUGGUUGUCAUUUAUCGGAAUGAUAAUAUUAACAAGUCAUUCUUCACAACUGAUCAUUUCAUAACUCCAUGGCCCAACGUUACAGAUGUAAAGAAAAUGGAAAGAUCGUUGGACAUCAGCAUUAUGUCUAGAACACCAUAUCAAGGACACGUGACGCAGCUUCUUUUAACACCAACUUAUCGAUUCAUUAUUGCAAGAAUCUACUCGUCUUUGAAGAUCAAAUGUGCUGAAGAAGUUGUUGACAAUUGUAAAGAAUACAUCGAAUCUCGAAAACCAGGUCCAUUCAAAGACUAUGAAGCUAGAAGAUCAAAUGUCUUUAUUGCAGACUUUGUUGACCUGGAAGAUAAUUAUUUCCCAAAAGCAAUCAUUGAUCUCAAUAUGAAGCUUCUUAAUCCAUAAAUCAAUUAAAUUACUUUAAGUAUCAAUCUAUGCAGCAAUUUAUUGUGAUGAUUCAUUAACCGGUUGAAUAUAACAUUCUGUUCUGUACACUUUAAGAUCUCGCUUUUAUUCAAUAAAAAUUAAUAGCAGACAAAAAAAAC